UCUGAACCGCUGUAAGUCCAUCACUCCCCUCAUGCUGAGUGGCAUCAUCCGCAGACAGCCUGUGGCUCUGGACCUCAGCUGGACCAACAUCUCCAAGAAGCAGCUCAGCUGGCUCAUCAACAGACUGCCAGGUCUGCGGAUGCUGCUGCUCUCAGGCUGCUCCUGGGUGGCUGUGUCUGCCCUCUGCACCGCCAGCUGCCCCCUGCUGCGGACCCUGGACGUCCAGUGGGUAGAGGGUCUCAAAGACGCCCAGAUGAGGGAUCUGCUCUCACCCCCCACAGACAACAGACCAG